UUCACUUUUUCAUAAUUUGCCGGUGAAUUUGUGUGCCAACGUCACACAUCUCUUAGUUCAGUGUUUAAUAAAGAAAAAUAAGGAAAAAAACCUUAUCUGUAAUAGUUAUUUAAACUAUUUACAAUAAUUUACUUAAUAAAAAAAGCAAGUGUGUGAUUAAAUAGAUCAAAUUCAAUUGAACAAAAUGGUGAACGUACCAACUAUAACUUUGAGCAGUGGACACAAAAUGCCAGUUUUGGGUUUGGGAACAUGGGGAAGUCCCAAGGGUGAAGUAGCCCAAGCUGUUAAAGAUGCCAUUGAUAUUGGUUAUCGUCAUAUCGAUUGUGCUCAUGUUUAUCAGAACGAACAUGAAGUGGGCGAAGGUAUUGAGGCUAAAAUUAAUGAAGGUGUUGUUAAACGUGAAGACUUAUUUGUUACCAGCAAAUUAUGGAAUACCUUCCAUCGUCCCGAUUUGGUACGUGGUGCCUGUGAGACUACUUUAAAGAAUUUAAAAUUGUCUUACAUUGAUAUGUACUUGAUACAUUGGCCUAUGGGCUAUAAGGAAGGAGAUGAUUUAUUCCCUGUCGAUGAGGCUGGCAAAACUGCCUAUUCUGAUGUUGACUAUGUUGACACCUGGAAGGAAAUGGAAAAACUAGUUAAAGAUGGUUUAGUUAAAUCCAUUGGUAUUUCCAAUUUCAAUAAGAAACAAAUUGAACGUGUAUUGGCUGUAGCCACCAUACCACCAGCCACCAAUCAAAUUGAAUGUCAUCCUUAUUUGAAUCAAAAGAAAUUAAUGGAAUUCUGUAAAUCGAAAAAUAUUGCUAUUACCGCCUACAGUCCCUUGGGUUCACCCAACCGUCCCUGGGCCAAGGCUGGUGAUCCCGUUUUGAUGGAAGAUCCUAAGAUUGUGGCUAUUGCUGAGAAAUACCAAAAGACUCCUGCCCAAAUUUUGAUCCGCUAUCAAUUACAACGCGGCAAUAUUGUUAUUCCCAAGUCUGUUACCAAGAGCCGUAUUGCUUCUAACUUUGAUGUUUUCGGUUUUGAAUUAUCGGCUGAAGAUAUUAACACCAUUGAUAGCUUCGACUGCAAUGGUCGUUUUGUACCUAUUCUCUCUGAAGCUGGUGCUCAUCCACAUUAUCCUUUUCAUGAUGAGUAUUAAAUGCUGGUUUUUGAUUUAUAGAAAAAAGUUUGUGCUGCUGGUCAUCCAUAUCAUCCCUUUGAAAAUGAUGAAUUCUAAAACGUAUGCCAGUCCUUAAUAAUCUAAACCAUCUAAUAAUUUUACGCGAUAUUUUUUGUCAGGCGUUAUGCAGGCACAAUUUAUAAACGCUGAAUUUUUUAUGUAAAUCUAUUCUAUUAAAUAAAUAAUAGUUUGUAGUUUCUAACAUCAUUAUAAAUGAAGUAUUUUAUAUAAAAUAUACUUAUUAAAAUAGAAAAAAAUAAAAAUAA